AUGCAGAACAACCACAAUAAGGAACAUCUCUAUAAAAUCCUUGUGAUAGGAGACCUCGGUGUCGGUAAGACCAGCAUCAUCAAGCGGUAUGUGCAUCACAACUUUAGCCCCAACUACAGAGCCACCAUCGGGGUCGACUUCGCCCUCAAAGUGCUCAACUGGGACCAGGAGACGGUGCGCCUUCAGCUGUGGGACAUUGCAGGUCAGGAGAGGUUUGGCAACAUGACCCGUGUGUACUACCGCGAGGCCAUGGGUGCCUUCAUUGUGUUCGAUGUCACAAGGCCCGCUUCGUUUGAGGCCAUCACCAAAUGGAAAGAGGACUUGGAUUCCAAACUGAGUCUUGCCAACGGGAAACAUGUAGCCACUGUGCUCUUGGCUAACAAAUGUGACCAGGGUCGGGACGUACUGACCAAUAACGGAAUAAAGAUGGAGCAGUUCUGCCAGGAGAACGGCUUCGUGGGAUGGUUCGAGACGUCUGCUAAGGUCAACAGCGCUGGUAUCAGGUGCUCUGCCAUGCGGAGAGGAUGUCCAGGAAUGUGGAUUUCAUUCCACACCGUCUUCUACUUACCGGUACUUGUCUCAAUGUAA